GCGAUAUGCGCUGUAUCUUCUGUCACUGGUUGCAUAUAUAGGACGAACCCCUGCUCUCGGUUCUUAGCUGUCUUUUCUAAUAAAGGGCCCUUGAUCCACGGUCUCCGUCUUUCCGGUGAACUUGUGUGCAUGAAGGAGAUCGAAUUCACAGUGUCAGAUGGCGUGAAUACGUAUCUCCAGAACAGACAACAACUUCAGCAUUCCCUGCAGAGCCGUCAAUCACAUCUCUCGGCAUUCUAAUUACUCUGUUGACUCCUCUACCGAGCAACCGCCAGACAUAUAUAUCCGAAUACGUUGAGCCACUGAAUCAGCCAGCCUUCUGUCCGACCUUCUUCGCAGCAUUUCCAACCCAGAAAGUCGACUGCCACACGGUCUCUUUCCACCCGGCAGCGAGAAAUUUCCAACCCAACACAGUUAUAUGCACAGACUUCCCACCGGACUGAGACUCCUUCACAACACCAGUCCUGCUUCUCGAGGCCCAAGACGCGUAAUGGCACAAACCUUACCGAAACUCCCAGACUGGGAGCAGAUCAGCACGAAUAUUGUUCGCAUCCUGGGCGGGAAUCCUAGCAAGUUCACGCUCCAAGGCACGAAUACUUAUCUACUCGGCAACGGGCCCCGGCGCAUACUGAUCGACACAGGGGCGGGGGAGAAGAAGUGGAUCGAUACGUUACGCACCGUGUUGACCUCGCAAGGCAAACCCAUCACUGUGUCAACAUGCUUGUUGACGCACUGGCACCACGAUCACCUGGGUGGAGUGACUGACCUGGAAAAGCUGUGCGAGGAACUCAACCAACCUGGAGGAGGUGAGGUCAAGGUCUACAAGAACCAACCUACGUGGAACCCGGACGGACUGAUCGACCCUUCGCGCGUGCAUAACAUUGAGGAUGGCCAGACUUUCUCGAUCCCUCUCUCAGAAGACCCUUCGGCGCCGUCCCUGGAGAUCCAAGCCAUCCACACCCCGGGCCACGCCAAGGACCACAUGGUCUUCCAGAUUACCUCGUCGCCGGACCCGGCGGAAGUCGGGGCGCUGUUCACGGCGGACAACGUCCUGGGCCACGGCACAGCCGUGUUUGAAGAUCUGCACCUGUACCUGCAGAGCUUGGACCUGAUGAAGAAACGGGUGUCGGACGCGGUCGCCGCGCAGCAGCAACAAGAAGGUCGGGGAGGAGGCGAGGGCUCCAAGAGGGCCUUCCCGGGCCACGGGGCUGUGAUCCAAGACGCCGUCACCAAGAUCGACGAGUACAUCGCGCACCGGCGCAUGCGCGAGGAGGAAGCCCUGAACGUGCUGAAGCACGGCACCACGACACCACCAAACAGCUCGGAGCCACUCGUGCACGACAGCAUCACCCGGGUCGGCGAUGGUGAGGACGAGGCCGUCAUCGGUGGCGGAGAGACCGUGCUGGGCAAGGAGUGGGAGAGCAUCGAGAUGGUCAAGGUCAUCUACCGCCACUACCCGGAGAACCUCUGGCAGCCCGCCGAGAACGGCCUGUUGAUGGUGCUGGAGAAGCUGAGGCGGGACGGCAAGGUCGUCAAGACCAAGGAGGCGAGGUGGAGGGUGAGUGAGAAGGCGAUCCUCUGAACCGAUGUCCUUUACCGUCCUUGUUGUAAGAAGAAGAGCGAGCAGCAGUGACGCGUGCCAGAUAGGUAGCCAGGCUGGUUGAUGAGAAGGGUCACAAAGCCCAAGUGACCAGACCCGCCUGCACAUGGAUGACAAUAGUUUAGACAGAGGGGCUUCUGAUCCCAUUAGAAUCGAUGCAUUUAUUAUUGGAUAAA